CGGGCGUCAUGGCCGUGGACGUGGCAGAAUACCACCUGAGCGUCAUCAAGAGCCCCCCGGACUGGGAAGUGGGUGUCUAUGCUGCCGGGGCCCUGGCACUGCUGGGAAUUGCAGCUGUGAGCCUGUGGAAGCUCUGGACGUCGGGGAGCUUCCCCAGCCCCUCCCCGUUCCCAAACUACGACUACAGGUACCUUCAGCAGAAGUAUGGUGAGAACUACGCAGAGGCCCGGCAGAAGAGAGUGCCUGCCUGGAAUGCCCAGCGGGCCAGCACUAGGGGGCCACCCAGUCGCAAAGGCAGCCUCAGCGUUGAGGACACCUUUGAGAGCAUCAGCGAGCUGGGACCCCUGGAGCUGAUGGGCCGUGAGCUGGACCUGGCCCCCUACGGGGCCCUCCGAAAAUCCCAGUCGGCCGACUCCCUGAACUCCAUCUCCUCCGUGAGCAACACCUUCGGGCAGGACUUCACGCUGGGCCAGGUGGAGGUGAGCAUGGACUACGAUGCUGCCUCCCACACCCUCCACGUGGCUGUGCUGCAGGGCAAGGACCUCCUGGAGCGGGAGGAAGCCAGCUUCGAGUCCUGCUUCAUGCGCGUCAGCCUGCUGCCGGACGAGCAGAUCGUGGGCAUUUCCCGGAUCCAGAGGAACGCCUACUCCAUCUUCUUCGACGAGAAGUUCUCCAUCCCCCUGGACCCUGCAGCCCUGGAGGAGAAGAGCCUGCGGUUUUCCGUGUUUGGCAUCGAUGAAGAUGAGCGGAAUGUGAGCACAGGGGUGGUGGAGCUGAAGCUUUCUGUGCUUGACCUCCCGCUGCAGCCCUUCGGCGGCUGGCUCUACCUACAGGACCAGAACAAGGCCGCCGACGCUGUGGGCGAGAUCCUGCUGUCCCUCAGCUACCUCCCGACGGCCGAGCGCCUUACAGUGGUCGUGGUGAAAGCCAAGAAUCUCAUCUGGACCAACGACAAGACCACAGCGGACCCCUUCGUCAAGGUGUACCUGCUGCAGGAUGGGAGGAAGAUGAGCAAAAAGAAGACGGCUGUGAAGAGGGACGACCCUAACCCAGUGUUCAAUGAAGCCAUGAUCUUCUCAGUGCCAGCCAUUGUGCUCCAGGACCUGUCUCUCCGUGUGACGGUAGCUGAGAGCAGCAGUGAUGGCCGUGGGGACAACGUGGGCCACGUCAUCAUUGGGCCGUCGGCCAGUGGCAUGGGCACCACGCACUGGAACCAGAUGCUGGCCACGCUGCGCAGGCCCGUGUCCAUGUGGCACCCUGUCCGGCGAAACUAGCGGCCAGCGCAGGGCCCGGGUGGGCACCGGAGCCCGGCACGAACUCAGCUCCAACACCCUUCUCUG